UGCAUAAUAGAUACAAAUGUCCCGCGUAUGGAAGAAAAUGUUUACGUUGCUCCAGAAUGAAUCACUUUUCGCGAGUUUGUCGCGUUUAUCAAGUGGAACAAUCGGAGGACGAGAUGUAAAUUCAAAACCUAUACUGGGGCGUGAAGCUUGCUGUGAGUUAGACAUCAUUCGGCGAGUCAUGUCUAUAAAGGAAUCAUGUAGUAGUCGUGUUCCGGAGAUAGUGGAGGAAUAUGCCGAUGUGUUUGAAGGAAUAGGAUGUCUGCCGGGUAAGUACAAAAUAGUAUUAAAAGAUAAUGCAGUUCCAGUUAUUCAUGCUCCACGAAAAUUGCCAUUCGCUCUGAAAGAUAAGGUCAAACAAAAACUGGAUGAAAUGGUUUCCCAAAGAAUUAUAGCAAAAGUUGACGGUCCUUCAGACUGGGUCAAUAGUAUAACAAUUGUUAAAAAAGCGAAUGGUGAUUUACGCAUUUGUUUAGACCCGAAAGAAUUAAAUAUGGCAAUAAAAAGAGAAUAUUUUAGGCUACCUACGUUAGAUGAAAUAGUAUCAAAGUUGUCUGGAGCUAGGUAUUUCAGCACUUUAGACGUUACUUCUGGAUUUUGGAAUGUGGCACUUGAUGAAUCUAGCAAAUAUUGUACUUUUAAUACGCCGUUUGGUAGAUACAAGUUUCUUAGAAUGCCUUUUGGAAUUUGUUCAGCGUCAGAAGUCUUUCAUAAAAAAAUGUUUGAAUACUUUGGGGAUAUACAAGGUUGUGAGAUGUACAUUGAUGAUAUUUUGAUAUAUGCUAUUGAUAAAAAACAACACGAUGAAAUACUGAAAAAAGUGCUAGAUAGAUGUAGACAUAUUAAUUUAAAAUUAAAUAAAAAUAAAUGUAAAUUUGGAUUGGAUGAAAUAAAGUAUUUGGGGCAUCGUAUUACAAAAAAUGGUUUAUGUCCCGACGAUUCACAUAUAUCAGCCAUUAAAAAUAUGCCUAUCCCAAAAAACAAAAAGGAUGUGGAGAGGUUUUUAGGCAUGAUAACCUAUGUCAGUACAUUUAUUCCCAAUCUCUCUGACAGAACAUUACCACUUAGAGAACUGUUAAAGAAAGACAUAUCGUGGCACUGGAAUGAGAGACAUGAAGAAUGUUUUAAUUAUUUAAAAACAUGUUUACUGAAACGUCCUGUAUUACAAUAUUACAGUAUGAAUAAACACAUAGUUAUAUCUGUAGAUGCUAGUAAGAGUGGUUUAGGUGCAUGUCUUAUGCAAGAUAACUUGCCAGUGUGUUAUGCUUCAAAAUCAUUGACAGAAACAGAGCAGAGAUAUGCACAAAUUGAAAAAGAACUGUAUGCAUGUUUAUUUGCUUGUGAACGAUUUAAUGUAUACAUUUAUGGACGUUCCGACGUGACGAUAGAAACAGAUCAUAAACCGCUCAUUAGCAUAAUAAAAAAACCCACAGUAGACGCACCACUCCGUUUGCAAAGAAUGUUGCUUAGAUUACAACGAUAUACAUUUAAUUUAAUAUAUAAACCUGGCAAACAUUUGUAUAUAGCGGACACCCUAUCUCGCGCAUAUGAACAGAAUUCUGAAGAUGAUAUUAGUCAUACAGACCAAGACGAAAUGUGUGUGGUGGGCGAAAUAAGGUCUAUCACGUCGAAAUAUACAGAUGCACAAUUUUUACAGUUGCAAAAAAUCACAGAAACUGAUAAUGAACUAAUACAGUUACAAGAAUAUAUUGCGAAUGGGUGGCCAAGUAACAAAAGUGAAGUAGCUGAUGCAGUUAAGCCAUAUUGGAAUUUUAAGGAAGAACUAUCUAUGAAUUAUGGUUUAAUUUGGAAAGGUAACAAAAUAUUAAUUCCAAAAAGUUUAAGACAAGAAAUGUUGCAAAAGAUUCAUAUUGGACACAUGGGGCUGGAAAAGUGCACUUUAAGGUCGAGGGAGAUAAUGUUUUGGCCUGGUUUGAAUAAUGAUUUAAAAAAUAUGAUAACGAACUGUAACAUAUGUCUAACACAUAGAAAAAGUAAUCAAAAAGAGGAACUACAACCCCAUGAGAUUCCAAAUCGACCCUGGGCUAAGGUAGGUAUGGACCUGUUCGAAAUUAAAGGAUGUCACUAUUUACUAAUGGUUGAUUACUUCAGUAAGUUUUUUGAAAUUGUACAGUUGCCUGUGACUACUUCAGAAUAUGUCAUAAAUUGUAUAAAGAAUAUAUUCAGUCGUCAAGGAAUACCAAAUAUUGUUAUGUCAGACUGUGGUCCACAAUUUGUGUCACAUAUAUUUAAGCAAUUUGCACAGGAAUGGAACUUUAUUCAUACAACAUCUUCACCACGAUAUCCACAAUCAAAUGGACAAAUUGAGCGGACAGUGCAGACAGUUAAAAAUAUCAUAAUAAAAACGAGUGAAUCACACACCGACUAUCGUAUUGCACUAUUAGAGUACUUAAAUACACCGUUAGAUGAGAAUUUAGCAUCACCGGCGGAGCUUUUACAAAGCAGAAAGUUGCGAAGUGUUAUUCCCGUGUCUGACAGGCUAUUAAAACCUAAAAUCCAGAAAAAGAAAGGCAAUAGGAUCGUUAGAAAUCGAAAACAUAUAAUAAAAGAUUCACAACUCAGACAUGACUCGCCCUCUGAUUAUAACCUGGAUUAUGAUAACAUACAUAUACCUAAUUCGAGUUGCUCAACUCAGAAUAAUAAUAAUUAUUAUGUUACGAGAUUUGGUAGAACAGUAAUACCACCAAAUAGAUUGGGGUACACAUAA